CGGCCACUACAGUUAAAGUAUUAAGUUAUGGCUGUGUUAAUUAUUUUGGUAUUUUAAUGGAAUUUGUUGCUAGUAAGAAAAAUAUAGAAUAUCAUCAGCUUUACAUGUGAAUGUGCGUUGGAGGAACAGUGAUGUAACUUUUUCUGAAUCAAUUUAUUUUAGGGCAACUAUUUAAAUAAAUGUGUGCUGUAGCAAUCACUUCUUGCAGCUAUAGCGCAGAUGCUAAAACUGCUGUUUUUAUCUCUAUGUUUUCUCUUGGAGGCACUGUUUACGAUUAUAUAAAAUGACCAAAAAGCUUCUGAUUUGGACAUCUGCACCAUGCAAAAAAGCGGAUGAGUUAUAACCUGAUUAUGUAAGAGCCCUUGCAUAAAAAAAAACCUAAAAAUCAAAUAAAGGAGUAAUGAAAAUUCUCAGCCCAAUGCUGAAAUGACUGCAUUUAUAAAUGUGUAUAAAAAUCUGAAAGACUCUCAUGGUGUUAAUGUAUUUAAUUUGCUUUGUCUGACAGGUGAGAGAAACGCAGUGUUUGGAUGAGCGCGACAAUGAAUAUGACAGAAGUCUACAUGGCUAACAUCUAUAAUGAGGGAAAUGUCUCUGGCAAUGGAAGCAUGGGCGUCCUGAUGAUCCCCCCCUCCAUAAACAAAGCCGCCAACAUCUUCUCCCUCAUCAUCCUCUUCAUCACCAUGAUAUCCCUUGGCUGUACAAUGGAGAUAUCCAAAAUUAAGGUCCAUUUCUUAAAGCCAAAAGGAGUAGCCAUUGCACUGCUGGCCCAGUUCGGCCUCAUGCCCCUGACAGCUUUCUCUCUAGCCAAACUGUUGCAGAUGGAUCCCGUCAAGGCUGUGACUGUGCUAAUCUGCGGCUGUUGUCCGGGGGGAAACUUAUCAAACGUUUUCUCCCUGGCCCUGAAGGGGGACAUGAACCUCAGCAUCGUAAUGACAACUUGCUCCUGUGUCGCAGCACUGGGUCUGAUGCCUUUGCUGCUCUACAUCUUCAGCCAAGGCUUCACCGGUCUGGAAAAUGCUGUACCAUACGGCGGCAUCAUCUUCGCUCUCACAUUCGCCCUGGUGCCUUGUGCCAUUGGCAUUAUCAUUAAUCACUACAAACCAAACUACUCAUCAGUCAUCAUAAAAACUGGUCUCAGCCUCCUGAUAAUCUCCUGCAUCAUUGGGUUCAUCCUGUUUGGUAUUGUCGUCAAAGACGUAUUGUGGAAGGUCCUAACGCCUGACUUUCUGGCCGUGGCUGCACUGAUGCCGCUGAUUGGCUUUACGCUGGGAUACGUAAUGUCUGUUAUAUGCAGACUCAGCCCAAAAUGCAGCAGGACAGUCUCCAUGGAAACAGGGUGUCAAAACAUCCAGCUGUGCUUUACUAUCCUAAAAGUGGCCUUUCCCCCUGAGGUCAUUGGACCCAUGUUUUUCUUCCCAAUGUUAUACUACACAUUCCAGUGUGCUGAGGCCCUUCUCCUGGCCGUGUGCUUCAGAUGUUACCAAGCAUUCAAGCCAUCAGCGGAGGAUGGAGUUGACGUUAAAGGUGGUGAGGAAAAGCAGAAUCCUGUCUGCUGAGGAUGCAACGAUGCAACAUCCUCGCCGUCUCAAAAUCAUGUGCAUAUUCUUCACUCAGGCCUGUGAUACUGCCAGAAAGACUUAAAGCUGGGGCAACUAAUAUUAACUAAUUAUUGUUUACUUACUAUCAGGUCUAUGCAAUGUUAACUAUGGGGUAGCGCCUUUUGAAGUAGGAAGUCAAUGAUUAAAAAUAAUGACACUGUAUUUAUAUUUUUGUAUAUAAAAUAUCUGGUCUAAGAUGAAAAUAUGUUAAUUUUAUGACUUGCUUUUAAAUAAAAAAGUGUU